ACUUAAGCCCUUGCAUCAGAGACAGAGGAAGGCGAAUUGUGUCUGUUUGUAAAAGAAGCUCUGUCUUUAUUGGAAGGUAUUCUGCACCUUGAUCUGUCUGUAGUAAUCUGGCAGGCUACGUGAGCCCGUAUUUCACUGGAUCAGUCCAGUCUGUCAUUAAAAGAACACCUCUUUCAAGAGAAGCACCCGCCGCCAUUGUUAAUAAUAAACACUUUAUAAUAAAUCAGUACCAGUUGCCUCAAGUUUUUGAAAAACACUCGAGAUGUCCUCGAAACGAGAAACAAAAUUUACAGAAAAGAUCAGAGCCCCGCCCCCUCCAGUCAUAUCCACAGUGGUUCCAGAAGGUGGUUCCUGGACCAUUUGUAUUGAUGACUUUACAUUAGAGGGUGGGGAAGAAGCUGAUGAUGAUGAUAAUUUAGCUUAUAGACGACUCCUGCACUCACUGUAUUUGGAUCAGGAGUCGUCUUUCUCAGUAUUCAAGUUCUCUCUCUGUCCCCCCGGAGGGAAGGAGGGUGGGGUCAACCUGUCUUUAAGAGUCCUUCAUGUUGAAGAUACCUUCUUCUUUUAUCUUGAUACUAAGAACCUGUCCUCUUUCAGCACUCAAUUUUUGACAUCACUGUUAGAUUAUGCCGAGAGUAUUAAUGUCCUCACGGUGUAUUGCCUCAUACCAGUGGCACUGCCUGACCCUCAGCGGAAGAGUAUCAUCAAGUCCUUUCAAAUGAUGAGUUUCCAGUUGGUCCAUCCUUUGAAGAACCCUCUCCGUACCAAUAACGGGCCCCAGUACUCAUUCCUCAAGUAUUGUAUUCACUCUGACUCUGAUUCUGAUCAGGAUACUGAUUGACUCAUUAAUAAUAACUUAUUAUUAACUAGUUGUUACUGCCAGUAAUUUAUUAUAGUUAAAAAUCUCAUUAGUAAUUCAUA